AUGACUGACAAGGUGCGUGUCUCUCAUAUUUUAUGUAAGCAUACCGGUUCGAGGAAUCCUGUUUCGAGGCGUACAUGUCAUGAGAUUAGUAUUUCCCACGACGAAGCAUUGAAGGAAAUUAAAGAUAUGAUUGAGAAGCUCAAGGCAGAUAGAAGUAUUUUCUCUGAGAUGGCUAAGGCAAGGAGCGACUGCGGUUCGUACAAGAACGGUGGGGAUCUCGGAUUUUUCGAUAGGGGUGAAAUGCAGCGGCCCUUCGAGGAUGUCGCGUUCAGUCUGAAGAUUGGCGAGCUGAGUGGGCCUGUAGAAACAGAUUCUGGGGUGAGUUUUAUAUAA